AUGUCCGAUAGCAACUUAGUAGCCCCAAGGAGUUUUCUACAAGUUGCAAGAAGACCAAUAAAUGAGAGGACUAUUUGUGUAAGGAAACCCUCGACCUUCUACAGAUCUGUCUCCACUGUUUUCAAGGCUAGCACCACAGGCCCACCUGGUGUACAGGCUGGCACCUACAGGCCCAUCUGGUGUACAGGCCAUGCCUACAGGCCCACCUGGUGUACAGGCCAAGUGCCUACAGGCCCACCUGGUGUACAGGCCACACCUACAGGCCCACCUGGUGUACAGGCCAGCACCCACAGGCCCACCUGGUGUACAGGCCAAGCACCCACAGGCCCACCUGGUACAGGCAAGUGCCUACAGGCCCACCUGGUGUACAGGCCAAGUACCCACAGGCCCACCUGGUGUGUACAGGCCAUACCUACAGGCCCACCUGGUGUACAGGCCAGCACCCACAGGCCCACCUGGUGUACAGGCCAAGUGCCUACAGGCCCACCUGGUGUACACAGGCUGGCACCACAGGCCCACCUGGUGUACAGGCCAGCACCCACAGGCCCACCUGUACAGGCCAAGUACCUACAGGCCCACCUGGUGUACAGGCCAGUACCUACAGGCCCACCUGGUGUACAGGCUGGGCACCUACAGGCCCAUCUGGUGUACAGGCCAAGUACAGGCCCACCUGGUGUACAGGCCAGCACCUACAGGCCCACCUGGUGUACAGGCCAAGUACCUACAGGCCCACCUGGUGUACAGGCCAAGCAAUACACAGGCCCACCUGGUGUACAGGCCAAGUACCUACAGGCCCACCUGGUGUACAGGCCAAGGCACCCACAGGCCCACCUGGUGUGCACAGGCCAAGUGCCUACAGGCCCACCUGGUGUACAGGCCACACCUACAGGCCCACCUGGUGUACAGGCCAGUACCUACAGGCCCAUCUGGUGUACAGGCCACACCCACAGGCCCAUCUGGUGUACAGGCCAAGUACCUACAGGCCCACCUGGUGUACAGGCCACACCCACAGGCCCAUCUGGUGUACAGGCCAGCACCCAGGCCCAUCCUGGUGUACAGGCCAAGUACCCACAGGCCCACCUGGUGGCUCAGGCCAAGUACCCACAGGCCCAUCUGGUGUACAGGCCACACCUACAGGCCCACCUGGUGUACAGGGCUACACCCACAGGCCCACCUGGUGUACAGGCCCAAGUACCUACAGGCCCACCUGGUGUACAGCCAAGUGCCUACAGGCCCAUCUGGUGUACAGGCCAGUACCCACAGGCCCAUCUGGUGUACAGGCCAAGUACCUACAGGCCCACCUGGUGUACAGGCCAAGUACCUACAGGCCCACCUGGUGUACAGGCCAAGUGCCUACAGGCCCACCUGGUGUACAGGCCAAGUGCCUACAGGCCCACCUGGUGUACAGGCCAGUACCUACAGGCCCACCUGGUACAGGCCAAGUACCUACAGGCCCACCUGGUGUACAGGCCAGCACCACAGGCCCACCUGGUGUACAGGCCACACCCACAGGCCCACACCGUGUACAGGCCAAGUACCACAGGCCCACCUGGUGUACAGGCCAAGGCACCUACAGGCCCACCUGGUGUACAGGCCAAGUACCCACAGGCCCACCUGGUGCCAGGCCAAGUACCCACAGGCCCACCUGGUGUACAGGCCAAGCACCAGGCCCAUCUGGUACAGGCCAAGUACCUACAGGCCCAUCUGGUGUACAGGCCAAGUACCUACAGGCCCAUCUGGUGUACAGGCCAAGUGCCUACAGGCCCACCUGGUGUACAGGCCAAGUACCUACAGCCCACCUGGUGUACAGGCCAAGUACCCACAGGCCCACCUGGUGUACAGGCCGAGCACCCACAGGCCCAUCUGGUGUACACACAGCACCCACAGGCCCACCUGGUGUACAGGCCAAUGCCUACAGGCCCACCUGGUGUACAGGCCAAGUGCCCUACAGGCCCACCUGGUGUACAGGCCAAGUGCCUACAGGCCCACCUGGUGUACAGGCCAAGUACCCUACAGGCCCACCUGGUGUACAGGCCAAGUUACAGGCCCACCUGGUGUACAGGCCAGGGCACCUACAGGCCCAUCUGGUGUACAGGCCAAAGUACCUACAGGCCCACCUGGUGUACAGGCCAAUGCCUACAGGCCCACCUGGUGUACAGGCCAAGUGCCUACAGGCCCACCUGGUAUACAGGCCAAGUGCCUACAGGCCCCUGGUGUAGGCCAGUACCCUACAGGCCCACCUGGUGUACAGGCCAGUGCCUACAGGCCCACCUGGUGUCACAGGCCACCCUACAGGCCCACCUGGUGUACAGGCCAAGUACCUACAGGCCCACCUGGUGUACAGGCCAAGUACUACAGGCCCACCUGGUGUACAGGCCAAGUACCUACAGGCCCAUCUGGUGUACAGGCCAAGUACCUACUGGCCCACCUGGUGUACAGGCCAAGUACCUACAGGCCCACCUGGUGUACAGGCCAAGUACCUACAGGCCCACCUGGUGUACAGGCCAAGUAUCUACAGGCCCAUCUGGUGUACAGGCCAAGUACCUGACCCACCUGGUGUACAGGCCAAGUACCUACAGGCCCAUCUGGUGUACAGGCCAAGUACCUACUGGCCCACCUGGUGUACAGGCCAAGUACCUACAGGCCCACCUGGUGUACAGGCCAAGUACCUACAGGCCCACCUGGUGUACAGGCCAAGUACCUACAGGCCCAGCUCGUGUCGCAAAGUUUUUGGGCUCACCUCCGUACAUUUUCCUCUGA